AUGCUGAUCGUGACACUCCGAAAGGGACAGGACGACAAUGGUCACGUGCUUGCGGUCGGUCACUUUGGCACGUACUAUGGCACCAGGUCCGUGGUGUCCGGUGUGGCCGUGGGUGCUUUUCUGGGCGUGCCGUACGCCGACCCUCGCACUCUGCGCUUCGGAGCACCCGUGCCUUGGUAUCGCGAGCAGGAGAUGUUCGACAACACAGCGUCCGCACCGAGUUGCGCACAGGCGUCACCAAGCCUUGAUGAGAUGAAUGCGAGCACAUCGGAGGACUGCCUGUACCUCAACAUCUGGGCUCCGGCCUGUGGAUCUCGCCCAUGCAGCGGCAAUAGGACGGUCGUCGUGUUCAUUCACGGCGGCUUUUUCCAGACGGGCAGCAACAACGACCCUCAAUACGACGGCCGUGCCCUGGCCGCCUUAGGUGACGUUGUCGUCGUAGUUCCCAACUGGCGGCUGGGCGUGCUUGGAUUCCUUAGCCUGACUGGGAACGACGACGUGCCCAUCAAUGCCGGCCUGCUGGACCAGGCCGAGGUACUUCGCUGGACGGCGAAAAAUGUGGACGCCUUUGGUGGCAACAAGUCCGACCUUGUGGUCGUCGGCCAUGGGUCCGGCGCCUCUGCUCUCGCUUACCACCUGAUGUUGGGCCAGGGUCUGAGUGACGUCGCUCCCAUCCUGAAGGUUGCUUUCAUGAGCGAGAGCCCAAUGACCAGGUAUCCGGUGCCGAACCGAGGCCGGGAGAGCGACUACAGCGAGUACGCGAACGCGUCGGUGCGACAUCUGUGCGAGGAGGCAGAGCAGAAUAAGUCGAGCUUGCUGACCUGCCUGCGCCGGCUUCCAGUGGAGGAACUCCUGCGAAGGCAGCGUGGAGAUCCGCGAGAGCUGCCCCAGUUCUUUCCCGUGCUGCCCGUGAUGUGGCCGACCACGUUGUGGAAAGAGCUCAAGGUGCCUCGCAACGUGACGGUUCUGCUGGGAUUCUCAGAGUACGAGGGGCCAGACUUGAUGCACUUCUUCCAACGCUUCUUCCGCCUGGGCGAGGAGCGAGACCUGCGCGAGGUUGUGCGUUCCAUCCUCGCGGUGCUUCGCUUCUCGUCCGCUGAAACCACGGCCAUCCUGGAGCACUACCCUGAGGGCGAUGCGAACACCAGCUGGGUCGAGCAGCUGUUGUCCGACCUGCUGGCCGUGUGUCCGGUGCGCUUCUACGCUGAACGCCUGCGCGCCUCGGGCAACACCGUGCAUGGCUACGUGCUGCAUUGCAAGAACGUAAGCGGACCGUGCAUCCAACCGCCAAGGGACUACGCCACACGGCUGCUUUUCGGGUCCCCUCUGGUGCUGGACACGUCGUCUCCGGAGGAGCAGGCGCUGAGCCAACGUGUGAUCGGGCGUUGGGCGCAUUUCUUCAAGACUGGAUGGCUCGCUCCGCCAAUGGGCUCAACGAAGGAAGGAGGCAUUGAUAUGGACAUAAUGUCGCUAACGCACCCUACGGCGACAUGGGCACCGGACCUGCGUAGAGAAGAGUGCCACAAACUCCGGCCCUACUUCUCAGCUUUUAUGGAGUGA